AUGACGUUUGCGUUUUGAAAUGUGUCAUUUGGUACGUUUAUGCGGGUGCAGGUCGAGUUGAGCUCUACGAACUUUUUUUUUUUUUGCAGCUGUAAAAACGCAAACCCACAGAAGAGAAAGAAUAUCCCAACGCUCGGUGCUAGUGGUGUGUAGUGUGAAAAAUCGACCGUGCUCGUCGUGCUUUCGGGCUAGUAAAAUUGUGUCCGUGAUGCAAAUCAUGCCCGUGCGGGUGAUCUGUCGUUAAAACUAUGUACAGUUGUUGUUACAAAACCAACCAAAGAACAAAAUGAAUUGUCAUCAGAUUCUCAGUGGUGCUUGCAAUGCUGGCGAUCGUUGUUUUGCUGUUGGAUCCGUCGAAGGAGUUCCUUUCACAGCAUACGCGGCAGGAUGCAAUAUCGUCGUGCUUGCGAGCAACUUUGAGCGUGUCCAAAUUAUUCCCGGUGCGGUGCACAACUACAUUCGCAUCUCGGCACUCGAUGCCAGCACCGAUACGGGAAAGAUAGCAGCCGCGUACGAGGACAAGGUGUGCAUCUUUGAACCGACGCCGCUAAUCCACACGGAAAGGGCGUCAACUCAUGGAUUGGAAUACAAAUGGGUCCAAACCGGAAGCUUGCAGGCUUCGUCACACAUCAGUUCGCUCUCGUGGAACCUGGAAGGCACGAGACUACUGACCGGAGGGACGGUUCUGCAGUUAUGGCACGAACGAUUAUCCAAGCAGGAUGAUGACGAGCCAAGCUCGGUUAAGUUCGAGAUCGGGGGAGAGCGCGAUCCGAAAACGCCCACCGGUGAAGAGGAAUCCGAUAGCAGCUCGUGGGACUGUGUUUGGAAAUGUCAUACCGCGACGCCCGUCCAUCACAUGGCGUUCAGUCCCGAUGGAACGCUGUUUGCAACGUCUGGCAAAAGCGAUCGUUUGGUUAAGGUGUGGUACGAGAACAAAUACACGCUGUUCCCAAACAAGAGCUUCGAUCAGUCGCAAUCGCAAAGCUUCGUUGGUGCGCCGGAAGCUAGCUAUGGCUUCGUGUACGUUGCCCAUCCGCGCGCCGUUACGCAUCUGUCGUGGCGGAAGACGAGCAAGUACAUGCCAAAGGGUUCAGUGUCAAACAUGUUGGUAACAUCGUGCCUGGACAACAUCUGCCGAAUUUGGGUGGAAACCGUGUUGCCGGAGGAUGGGUUAGUGAACAUGAACCAGUUCGAUCCGUUGGCAUCCCAGAACCCAAAGUUUCGCACCCAUCGCCACAAGCAUAGGUUCAUGCAGCGCUUGAAGCACAUGAAGACAUGCUUUCACAUUCGUCGGCACGCGAAACAUAGCGGCACAGGAGGGGCGAAUGGAUUGAACGGCAUGGGUCCGGGCUUUGGAGGGCCAGGAGCGAGUGCUGGGUUCGGCAAUGCACCGAUUCCAACGCUGCCAUCGACAUACAGUGUGCAUGAUUUCCAUUCGUACGGUUACCACGGCACUGGCAUGCGGUCCGGGCUGCACUUUCAUCUCGCGGCGUCGAUUAACGCCGAGACGGAUAUACCGCUGGUGCCGUCGAUGCAUACGACCGACCCUUCCACUCAGCCCAACUUUAUACUGCAUUGGUUGAACAACAAGGAGAUGCACUUUACGUUGCAAGCCGAAGGGAUCUUACAGGAAAUGACGCGCAAAGUGAUCGAAAAGGAGGAAAUGCAAAAUGCCUCCGGGAGCAACAGUGAAGGUGGCGGAGGCGUUGGUGCGAACGACCCGGGCGGAAGUCUGGUAAUGGAGGAGGGUACCAUCACCGAACACCAUCGUAAAGGGCAGCUGAGAAGCACACUCUCGCAGGAGGAUAGCAACAGCAGUGAGGAACAUCCACCGUUACACUCGCAGCACCGGUCGCAUUCGAUUGGUGCGGGAUCGCAUGUCGGGUUGCCGAGCCACCAUUCGCUCUCGAACACUACUUCCAUCAAUUCUUUGGCGAAUGACGGAAACUUGCACGUAACGGAUUCGCUGGACAUGAAGAUCGACUGCUUGCUGCGUGACUGGCAGCACAGCCCGGAUUUGCUGUUUUCAAUUCACCCAAUUGACGGUAGUUACCUGAUCUGGGUGGUGGAGUGGUUGGAUGAAUAUCAUCCCGGAUCGUUCCGCCAGGCGCAGGUUUCGUUCUCCACGCGAAUCCCGUCCGCUUUCCCGCUCGGUGAUGCAAUGUCGAUGUCAACCACCGUUGCGCUCUACAAUACCGGCGGAAAUCUUGGAUUCCGUGAUAUGAUUAUGCGCGGUCCCAAAUCAUCCUGUACUGCGGGUGGACCAAACAGUGCCGGCCAGCUGGAUGUCGUUAGCGAUUGUGUCACUUCCCUACCCAGCGUAAUGGAGGAAAAUGAGGCUAACGAGGAGGAUAAUGCCGAGCAGGCGAGCAAUGCGGAAAUGGAAGAUCAUGGCGGUGAUGCGACCGGUGAUCAUGCUGCAUCGAAAAAGGAUCAUGCAGGAGCGGACGGUGCACCGCUGGAGCAGGGCGAUAUUUUAACCGCACCGCCCUCGCCCACCAUCUCGAUGGUAACGAAGCAUUCGAACGGAACGCUUAACUUGUGGCAGUUAACAUUUGCGGAUCGCAGCAAGUUUUCCCAAGUGCUUAGCAUCGGGCACGCGUCACGUGCCUCCGGACAUCGGUUCCGCGUGAAUGAUAUUACCUGCCACCCGGUACUACCACUGCUGCUGACAACGUCCCACCACAACAUACCGGAUAUACCGGCGACAGGUGACACGGCACAGCCCGCUAGCGGUGGCGAGCACCGUUCCGCGGGAAUGCACCACUCGAAGGAUGUGUGUGCACCGUCAGGCUUUUGCUCUGAGCUGAUAUUGUGGCGGGUGGAUGCAGUUGGACCGCUGUCACAGUCGGGAGGUGUCAGCGAGUUGGCGCGCAUCAAUUCGCCGGAAAUUUCUGCGUUCAGCAACGUUGCUUGGAUACCGACCCUGCUGCCGAGCACGACACUGGGCAAUCUAAGCAACUCACCGUCGGCCUGCUUCGUUGCCAGCGACGGCGAAUGUUUGCGGGUGUAUCAGGCAGUGAUUGACGCGCGUACGCUGCUGGCGGAAAUAUCCAGCUCCGAACGACGGUGUCGAAGGAUGGAUUCGCUGAUGUCGUUGUCAACCGAAUCGUCGGAAAAUGCCGGACUGUUGCCACCGAUACUACACGACAAGAUCAAGAUUGUGUCACAACAGUCCACCGCCCGGCCCGGGUGCAUUAUUCAGCUGGAUGCGAUCGCUGAUGCUACACACGAUUGGCAAAACACACAGUUUCUGCACGUGUUUCAGGAACAGCUGAUUACGGGCGAGCGGACGGAACCGACGAUCGAUCCGUUUGGUGUGUCCGGCACCGCUCAACCCGGAAACAGUUCCAGCAUCGAUGUGGAUGGUUUAAAUCCGGACCUAAAACCUACGAUUGGGCUGAUGGACGGUGGUAUGGGAGCGAUGGUCGAUCUGCAGCGCAACGCCCAAUUCGAGCAACCAUUCUAUCUGGUGGUAUUGGAACGUACGCAAAACGGCACCACGUUGCACAUGUGGCGUAUCGUUAUCGCGUCGCAGCCUGCUGCCUCCGAUGAGAUGAGCAGCAGUAUGAUGUACGUACCCGACAGCAAUCUGGUGCAGGAUUUAGACGAUCCGGAAAACCUACACCGCCCCUCGGUAGUGCCGGACGAUAUACCUAAGAGUGCGGGCCACAAUCGAACACCGCUGGAUCAUGCUUCACACGUUAACAUUUCCACGACAAAAGUGUGCACCCAGGAGCUGCCACUUCCGGACGGUGUGGAUGUCAUCCAUGCGGCUCCAGCCGCUGGCCAUCUGAGCUCGUCCUCGAUCUACCCUGCCUGCUUUGCGCCGUACAUAAUCGUGACGGCUUGUUCCGAUUCAACGGUGCGUUUUUGGAAGUGUAAAAACAUUCAGCGCAAGGAAGGCAAUGGAGGGGCUGGCGGUGAGGAUGGAACAAAUCAGGUUCCGCGGUACGAGUGGUGCGAGUGGGAAAUGAUCCGCAAGGACCAAGAAUCGACAAUUGACGUGAAUGGACAGCUGUUGCACAUUAGUGCAGCGUAUUCGGGACGGAUUGCAUGUGCGUACAAGUACGGCAAGUCGUUUACGCGACCGACCAAGAGCAUCGAUCCCGAGACACGGUUCGUGAACCUGAGUGUGGCCAUUUACGAGUGCGAGUCGACCGGUGGCAGUGAGUGGGUGCUGGAAGAUACGAUACACCUGAAAAACAUCCACCUGCCACGCAUACAGGCGGAUCAUAACUUGGAUCUAAGCUACCUGUACGACACGCGUACGCUGCAGAAAAAGCAACGGCUCAAUCAAGUGUUGCAUACGCUCUCGCACGACGACGCCAGGUCACCGCGCUCGGUGAAUGGCGAUGUAACACCCGAGGCACUCGCCAAGCCCGGGACGGGCUUGUUGGCCGUGCCCAGCUUCAGCACCCUGCAGUCACUGCGCAAGAGCAUCACCGAGCAUGGCAAUACGUGCCCGAUCACGCAAAAGCAUCUGGUACAGCUGGACUGGGUAUCGAAGGAGGAUGGUUCGCACAUUCUGACCGUGGCCGUCGGCAGUAAAAUCCUGCUGUUCACCCCCGUGUGCAGUGAUUUGGCCCAGUCCAACAUGAAAGCGAUGAAGGAAUCGCAAUCCACGAACCGUCCACUGCUACGGAAAGCGAGCUCGUUAGCACAGCCACAUUUUAACGACGAAAUUCGGUGGAUGAAGCUGCGCCAGAUAGAGCUUACCACGGCGGACGGGUUACCGCCCCUACCGAUGCAGAUCUCCUGGGUACGGGACGGCAUAUUCGUGGCGGGAAUGGACUCCGAGAUGCACGUGUACUCGCAGUGGAAACCGCAGAGCAAUAGUCUGUACAACGUGAACCAUCAGCUCGACAUCGACGACAUGUACGAUACGCGCAACCUAAAGGAUGAGGAUCUUCGCUCCAUGGCACAGGACAGCAGCCAGCGCCGGCUGGCGAAUGUAUCGUCCAUGCCGGUGCUAUCGCGCGUCAGCUCCAUCAACCUGAACCAGAUGCUGUCGACAGCGGACGCAAAGAAAAAGAAGCCGCUCGGUGCGGCCAGCACCGGACAGAUUGGUUCCGUGGCGGGUUCGGCCGCUGCCGAUCAGCAGCCAUCCCCCGGCCAGCACGAUUACAUGACCGAUUACGGAUUGUUCGAGGCUUCGCGCAUCGCGUGCCCGGUGCUUCCACAGUACCAUCCCAAACAGCUGAUGGAACUGCUGAACUCGGGCAAAAUACGCUGGGUUAAAGCGAUCCUGGCGCAUCUGGUCCGUUGCAUCAGCGGUUCGUACACUGUGCGCGGCUGUGGAGGAGACGAGGAAAGUCUCAACCGACAGCGUGGUUGGUCUAGAACUCGCACUCUUUCCAUUAGCUGUCCGGCAGGCACCGUUAGUCCUCUUGAACCAAGAGGAUCGACGACACAGAUUCCAGAGGAGCUAACGCUUGACUAUGCGGAGAUCACAUCCAUUCCUCCGCUACCAUUGUGGACCCUGCUGGCGGCAGACAAGGAAUCGACUAGCAGUAAUUUGCAGCAAAACGAUGAAGUUAAGGAUUACAAUGAACUGUUCGAAAGCAACACGGCGGACGAAUCGCUUGACGAUUUGCUGGACGAUGAGAGUGGCGGUGGUGAGAUGAACCGACACACCGAUCGGCGGUCCUCGCUUCCCGAAAAACAUUACCUGUCGCAUUUUGGCCCCCGCCAGGGGCAACUGCUUUCGCGACUGCUGACGCACACCCAUCUGCCCGGCCUGUCGUCGUUGGAUCAGAUGCAUCUGCUUGCGCUGGCCGACACGGUGUCGACGUGCAACAUCGAUUUCGCGGAACGGUUCGCCAUCGACGCAGCCAAAACAGCGAUUGCGAAGGAAAAUUUGACCGGUGUACCGAACACGGAAAGCGUGUCCACCGAUUCGCUGGACGACUGUGGGCUUCGCUUUUUGCUGGCAAUGAAGCACUACAACUAUUUGCUGCGCUGCCUGCCAAUUUCGCAGCGCCAUUCGUUCCAGAGGCAAGGUGUCGGCACGUCCAACAUCGUGUGGGCGUUCCAUUCGGAGAGCGAGGAAGAGCUGCUCAAUCUGAUACCGUCGUACGUGAAAGGGCAGCCCAAGUGGCACGUGCUGAAGGAGCUCGGUGUGGGGUGGUGGCUGCGCAACAACAACUUACUUCGCCAAUGCAUCGAACGGCUGGCGAAGGCCUCGUUCCAAGCGAAUCAGGAUCCGCUGGAUGCUGCCAUCUACUACAUGGCGAUGAAGAAAAAGUCCGUCGUUUGGGGACUGUUCCGGUCGAAAAGGGACGAAAAGAUGACACAGUUCUUCGCAAACAACUUCACCGAGGAUCGCUGGCGAAAGGCGGCGCUGAAGAAUGCGUUCGCGCUGCUCGGGAAGCAACGGUUCGAGCACGCCGUCGCAUUCUUUCUCCUUGCAAACUCGCUCAACGACGCACUGGAGGUUUGUUUGACAAAGUUAGAAGAUUUGCAGCUGGCGCUUGUUAUUACCAGAUUAUAUGAAGGCGAGCAUGAUCCUACGCCACCCAGCUUCAAAAAGCUGCUGUACGAGGAGGUGCUGGGUUGCGAUAAGAACGGCGAAAAUCAGGACCUUAGCCGUGCGCAUCCGGAUCCGUUCCUGCGCUCGAUGGCGCUGUGGAUAUUGAAGGACUACACCGGCAGCUUGAGCACGCUGUUGGACAGCCAGAUCGGUAGCAUGCAUCCGCUGUUCGAUGACGAAAGUGCCGCCCUGGGCCAUGCAUCCCAUCAUGACGCCGGCCACUCAACCAACCCGAACGUGUUCAACUUUUACGUGUACUUGCGCACGCACCCACUGCUCAUAAGGCAGCACAUUGCCUCGUCGGCGCAGGACAAGAAGCGGGCACAGGUCGUGAUUGCCGGCUUUAGUUACGGCGGUGCCGAUACCAGCACCGCGUCCAGCGCGCUAGCGACGGACAAACAGAUUCAGCUGGAGGACUCGAUAACACCGCUGGAGCGGCAGCUUUACUUUACCACUGCCCACGCACACUUUAAGGCCGGUUGCCCAGCGUUGGCGCUGGAGGUGUUGAGCAAACUGCCGACGAAGGUAAUCGAGCAGGAGACGAGCAACGCGCAGAGUCCCGCCAGUGGACCGGAUGGAAAGGUGCAGGAGCAAAGUACGCUUAUUGCGACGGGCACAUUAGAUUGGAGCAGUAGUCAAACCAGUGGCAAAGAAACGGCCGCGUCGUUCGAGUGGGGCAGCAGCUUGGGUAACAGCACAGCCAUGGACUGGGGCGCACCGGUGUCCUCGCAGCUGAAUGGUGGCGACGAUGAGUUUAAGAUUGUCUGGGAAGAUGAUGGUGGGGCGGGCGAGGAUGAAAGCAGCGAUGAUGAUGGCGGUAUACAGCUAAAGAAAAAACCGGAACCCGAAAGUCUCCCGCUCAGCAAGGAGAAUGAAACGGCACUAGAAGACGACGGAUCUGCUGGUGGUGGUGGUGGUGGUGGUGGCAGUCUGGACAUAAUGGCACAGCAGCUAAAGUUCAUUGCCUGCUUGAAGAUUCUGAUGGAGGAGCUGUCGACGCUUGCCACGGGCUUCGAAGUGGACGGUGGCCAGUUACGGUAUCAACUGUACGUGUGGUUGGAGCGCGAGGUGGAAGCAUUGAAACAGCUGUGCAACUACAGUACGGGCGACUCGGAGAACACCGCCAUCGAGGAUACAACGGCGGCGGAAGCGGGCAUGGAUCGCGAUACGCCCGUGCUGGCGAAUAAAUUCCCCCACGAUAAGCCUACACUGCACGAGAUCCUCAUACAGGAGAAGCAAGAUUUCGAAGCAAAAGUCCAGCGAGCGGCAAAGCGCAAACGAUGGCUGAAGGCUAACGAAACGCUGCUCCGAACGUUGCUAAGCUACUGCUCCCUGCACGGCGCUAGUGGCGGUGGUUUGGCGUCCGUGCGGAUGGAAUUGGUGCUGCUGCUGCAAGAGCUGCAGCAGGAGAAAACGCAGCAACAGCUGCUGAGUCCGCUGCCGUUCCCGACUACGUUGCCACUGCUGAGUGCCUGCGUGGCGGGCAACAAAACCGUGAUCGCCGACCCGUUGCGCUAUCUGCAGUCGCACACGCACGAUAUGCUGCAGACGAUGGUUAACAUGCGCACGCCGCCACACAUGAACCGUGCGUACACGUUCCCGAGCGGUAUCUUCGUCCUGCGCGAUCUGGCGGUGGCACUGUCGGCCUGCAUCUAUCAAUCCCUGUGCGACUCGGAUACGUUCAGCGUGAAGCAGUCGUCGUCGUCGAUCGACGGUGGCAGCCAGGGUUGCCACAGUCCCGGCAUGGAGACGAUUGCAAAGCUGAACGCGAGCUGCCAGAGCACGCAUCUGAUGGCGAACGCAGCCGCGCACCAGCGGCGCCGCAAGUACUCGACCGAUGAACCGCUGGCCGUCAGCACACCCCCAUCCAAAUGGCCCGGCGUAACCAAUCUCCGGGCGCUGCUGGCACGCGAAAAGGACGAAGAUACACCGCGGCUGAAUGUGCUGCUGUGCGAAUCGUUCGUGGCGGGCUAUAUGGCGCUGUUCGUGUACGCCCUCACCACCUGCGACAGCCACAUACUGUAUCGCCUGGCCGGGCAAAACUUCUCCGACAGCUCCUGGUCGACGUUGUUCGGCGGUGGUGUAAAGAAGUUGUUGCGCAAGGCUACGUCGCACGCACAAACGGCGCAAGCGGUGCAGGCACAGAUGCAGCAGGAAGCGCUGGAGGCGGCGGGCGGCGAGACGGUCACCGGUGCGGAAGGCAGCGUUUGGGGUGCGGUCACCUCGCUGACGAAGCACCGUGUGAAGCUGAACAUGAAGCUGCUCGGACCGUUCGCUGGUCCGCAGGGUGCGUCGAGCAUGAAGGAAGACAAACCUACGUACCGGGAACAGUUUGUACCGCCGGAAAUGUCCAUGGUUUCGUACUUUCUCACCAAACCGAUCCCGAAGGGAUUGGGAGCGGACGAGGAAGAGUACGAUUCGGCCGAUUCGGCCGUGUCCGAUCUAGACGACGAGGACGACGAUGAGGACGUGUUUAACGAUCCGCUCAACAACGACCCAAAAGCAUCGCAAGUGUCGGCCGCCGUCAGAAAGCAUCGGCUGGAGAAUACCGAGCACUCGAAUCCCAAUUCGUACUCCUGGUGUAUUAUGCGCUACGCCUUGAUACGGGUGGCACAAAAUCAGCUGCAAUCGUUUAUUGCUAUCGCUGGGAUCGAAAUGCAGGAACUUCCUGUCAGCAGUCCGUUAGUGCACGGCAUACUGCGGACACUAUCAUCGUGGCAGGACUUGCUAAAGGAGGAGUUGGAAAAUCGUGGGCCCGCUUCAGUAGAUUACAUUCCAGGCUGCUUCAUUGAAUCCGAAGCGAAGGGUCCUGCCAUUCACAAGUAUCGAUCGCUGCUGGAACGUUCCAAUACGCCCUUCAGCCCAUGCUUAUCGGCAUCAGCACCGGCUAGACGACUGUGGAACUAUCUGGUGCGCAUUGAGUCCGUGCAGGAAAUUUUCAUACGUGCCGUGUUUGGCAAGAAAAAAUCGUCCGCCAACGCGCCGUUCGAAUCUGCCGUAGGUGCAGCAGGAUCGGCUUCUGCCUCGAUCAAUGAUGCCGGCACGCCUCUCGGUUACGAGCACAAUGGCGGCAGCGCAGCCGGCACUACUCACCACCAGCCGCACAAUCCAAACAUUCCCGAACCGGUGCGAAUUAUACACAAGGACCAGGAGCAAAUAUCGGCCUUCUGUCUCAACCUGGUAAAUCCGGGCCUGCUGGCGCUCGCAACACCCAGGGAGGUGCAGGAGAUGGAUAUAUCGCUGCUGCUCGAGUCGCCCAACUGGAUGGAGGACGAGUGCGAGAUGGACAUUAUGAAUCUGUCCAAGGACAUUGAAUCGCUUGCAUCGAGCAGCUUUCUCGUCAUUCAAACUGCUACCGAUAAACAUCUGCUUAACCAAAACAUCAGCAGCGCUCAGAACUAUGGUGCACCGUCGAGUCCCCAGCCUGGCAUUGCAGGACAAUCAGGACGUGGAGCUUCCGUGAUCAAAGGAGCCACAUUCCCCGGUAGUCAGUGUCCGCGGUUCUGCAAGCUGGUUAUCGAUCGUUCCAAACAUUUACUGAAACCGGUGCUGAAGCAUAAAGUUGAUAACAUUAAACGUAUGAGUGCACAUCCGCUGAUGCCACUGUACCUUACCGGCGGACAGGACGGUUCGGUGCAGAUGUGGGAGUGGGGCCAUCAGCAGGUGGUCUGCACACCCCGCUCACCGGGCACGUUUGCCAAGGUGACUCGCUGUCGGUUUUCGCAGCACGGCAACAAGUUUGGCAUUGCCGAUGGCGACGGUAACCUGAGCCUGUGGCAGGUGGGCCUAGCAAGCCAAAACAAUCGACCGUUCUUCACGUAUCAAUGCCAUAAUAAAGGAAUCACAGAUUUCGUGUUUCUCGGAUCGUGCAGUUUGGUGGCAACAGCUGGUCACAGUUCGGAAAGCAAAAACGUAGCUAUAUGGGAUACGCUUUUACCACAGAAGAAAGCUCUGGUAGCUGCCUUUACAUGCCAUGAUCAAGGUGCAUCUAGUCUAGCGUAUGCUCCGCAGCACCAGCUGCUUAUUUCGGCCGGCAAGAAAGGCGAUGUGAGCAUUUUCGAUGUUCGCCAACGUAUCCUGAGACAUCGGUUCCAGGCACAUGAACAUCCAAUCAAAUGUUUGGCCAUCGAUCCGAACGAGGAACAGUUUGUAACCGGCUCGGCUGAUGGUGAUAUUAAGGUUUGGGGCCUGUCGGUGCAUACCCAGCUGUACAGCUUCAUGGGAGAGCAUGCCCGGAGCAGCUUUUUCAAGCACAUCGGUCAAGGCGUUACCCAGCUGCAAAUCGAUCAGGGAGGGCGCCUGUUUUCGUGCGGUGCCGACGGUUCGAUGAAGGUGCGGCAGCUGCCGGACCGUGAACCGAUUGUUCAUUCACUGUACUAAUCUAAAUUUGCUCCCAGACGUGUACGAAUUUUCAACGAGUCACGCAAGCCAUUCGCGAGAACGGUAAUAGGGAAAGGAAAACAAACUAAAAGUAGUAGUGAAGCGAUGAGAGUCCUUAGAGAUGCAUUACGAGUAUUAAACGAAUGAAAUGAUGGGGCAGGCAAUUGAACAUGGGAAAACCCUAAACCAAUAAUUGGGCUGUUGACGUCGUACAACCCACAGGAUUCGCAGUUCGAACCACACCUCAUUAGUAGGCAGAGUUAGAGGGCAAGCGUUUAUGAUGAUGUUGUUGUUUUUAUUCCGAAAGCUUUUAAACAUAAUUUAGCUCCCGUAUAUAUGUAUCUGACCUUUGUUUUCUUAGCUUGAUCGACCUAACGCGUUGGGCGACCCCGCAUCUUUAGCAUCGCAAAACUAUAGAUUGAAAGUAAGCGCAGCAGAAUGUGACUGACCGAUAGCGGGUGGAGUGUUACAAUGAUGAAGUAAAACAAUACGACACCAUACAUUUAAAUUAUUCAACCGAGGUGCGUGUGUGUACUCUACGCUCAUGCACUUGAUUGUGAGGAUAUUGAACCGAACAGUAAUGAUGAUGAUCACAACAGCUAGGAUUGCAACAUACCGCAGACAAUACCCAUAUUGAGGAUGCUUAUCGAAAGGAUAAUGUUAUACCAAAAAGGUGGAUCCAUAUAAAAUUAAACUAAAUUCCCCUCGCAAGUCCUCGUACACUAUACAUAUAUAUAUAUAUCUAUUAUAAUCGAACACGUAGCGAAUGGGGUAGCUUCUUCGGGACUAGUAACGGACUCACGUGAAUCGAAUCGGCAACGCGGCGGAACUGUAGACAGUAAGCAGUUGUUAGGAGUACUUUCGCAGCUACUGACGGUCACGUCGGAACACGUUCGUGUACUACUUGCGUGCUGUUAUUAUAAAACAAACCCUACAGUCAGAUAGAGCGUGGCGCAACUGUGUAUGAAAUGGAAAGAGGAUAGGGUGUAUGUACAAUGUUAAGCUAAAUAGUUAGCACCGAUAAUCGAUUAGUAUUUAGCAGAAUCAGUUGCAAUUUCCUUGAGUAUUUCUUCCUGUACGAGUUCAUCACUGUAUUGCUGUUAAUAUUUUAUCGUUCAAAAAGGGUGCUGUUGUUUGCAGCCGGGAGGGUCAACUGUGCGUUACGCUGGAUAGUUUAAUGCUCUGGGAUUUAUUUCAUAUAAUGUUUCCUUUCUGUUUCCUUCCAACUAGCAAAUGAUUUGCUCUUCAAUGUUGCAUUGAAUGUUUUAAUUACUGAUACUACUCUCAAAGCCGAUAACCGUUUCAGACCGAUGCUCUAAUUGAAUUUAAACAAAACAAAGUUACAUAAAUUCCGCCCGCGAACGAAACCGGGGACGGUGGGGCCGGUUUAUUGUUAAACAUGAACUCUAUUGUUACUCUUGAUCUAUCCUACACUAACGUAAUAUUAAACUGUAACUGUGGCGAAAAGGGCAACAUUGAUAUACAGCAACAACGCGUACAGUGCGCAACAUUUCUCGUUCAACACCGACACUCUAAAUAAAAAUUUAAAACUACAUACUCACCCACACACGAUAUGAUACAAACUCUGAUCGGGAAGAACGCAAUAUAGAAUGUUUUAAUGAGCAAAUGAUGUAUGAGUAAUGCAACAGACAAAUAAACGAAACAUAGCAGCAGCACAUGUGUAACAGGGGUACCACGUACGAACAGUAGAACUCAAUUAGUAUUGCGCAGAGGCAACACACGUUAACUGAUGUGUAAGAUAUGGUUAAAACCAAACACACAACCAUCCAAACACCACCAUUUCCAUUUUCCAACCACAACACAGUGUACGCGUAGCUACCUGUGGCUAGAUUUGCUUAUUGGUUUGUUAAGCCUAAUAGGUCAAGUUCUUUUGUUGAUUUGUUCGCCUUACUAGAAGAAUUGUCACAUUCAACUAGCAACUGAUAUGUGUAAUACGUAAGCUCACACACAGAGCCAUGCAUGCAUACGAUCCGAGGAUAAGGCUAUGUUGUAGGGAAGAAUUGUUUUCUUGUUUUUCCUGUGUAGGGGUACUGUUGACAAUUAUCCUGCUUUUUGCUUUAUUUAUUUCCUUGUCAAUAAAUGUUACAAACAUGCUAGCUAA